CUCCGCCUCCACGCUCCCCACCCACCCCUUCCCACCUCCCAUGGCAGCGGCGGCCGCCACCCUCCUCCACCCCCCAUUCCUCCUUCUCCCUUCCCGACCGCGACCGCGACCGCGACCGCGCCCCGCUCUCCGCCUCCCUCUCCGCCUCCCCCUGCCCUCCCCGCCGCCCCUCCGCCUCCGCCGCCGCUUCCCGCUCCUCGCGGCCGCCGCUGUCUCCGCUGGCGGCGGCGGGGACGGAGAGGAAGCCGCUAGGAAGGCCGACAAGGCCCGGCAGCUGCAGAAGCGGGUGCUCGUGGGCGUCGCCAUCGGGGUGGGCGCGGGCGGCGUCGUGGUCGCUGGCGGCUGGGUGUUCGCCGCCGCCGUGGCCGCCGCCAUCCUCGCAGGCGCCCGCGAGUACUUCGAGCUCGUCCGCGGCACUGCUGGCGGCGGCGGGACCCCGCCGCCGCGCUACGUGUCCCGCAUGUGCUCCGCCAUCUGCGCUCUCAUGCCCAUCCUUACGCUGUACUAUGGACGCAUGGAUGUUACUGUGACGUUUUCUGCAUUUGUUAUUGCAAUAUCAUUGCUAUUACAAAGAGGAAACCCUCAUUUUGCUCAGUUAACUAGUUCAGUUUUUGGGUUAUUUUACUGCGGCUAUCUUCCUUCUUUCUGGGUUAAACUUCGUUCUGGACUAGCUGCCCCUGCCUUAAAUACAAGAAUAGCAUACAGUUGGCCAAUUCUUCUUGGUGGACAAGCUCACUGGACAGUUGGACUUGUAGCAACCUUGAUAUCUAUUAGUAGCAUCAUCGCUGCUGACACAUCUGCUUUCCUUUGUGGGAGGGCAUUUGGCCGUACUCCUUUGACUAACAUAAGCCCUAAGAAGACCUUGGAGGGUGCUUUAGCUGGUCUAGCUGGUUGUGUAACGACCACUGUGCUGCUGUCGACUGUCUUACGUUGGCCAAGAUCUCUGUUGAGUGCUACAGCUUAUGGAAUCCUGAUCUUUCUGGGUUCAUUAUUCGGGGAUCUAGUUGAAUCUCUUAUUAAGCGUGAUGCUGGUGUGAAGGACUCUGGAUCCCUCAUUCCUGGUCAUGGUGGAAUUCUUGAUCGAGUUGACAGCUACGUUUUCACAGGGGCACUUUGUUACUCUUUUAUCAAAGUAGCUCUACCCUUGUACGGGGUCUGAUUAUGGCAGCUAGCCAUUCGUUGUCGAUGUGCCUUUCUUCCACCGUAAGUGUUGCUGAGAUGCUAUGCUCUAGACCGGUUUCCAUCACUGGACAAUGUGGUUCUGCGCAAGGGAAUUUGGUGGCGAGUGUCUGACUGUUGAAGUGAGAUAGAACCAGAGAAUACGGCUGCUAACUCGACAUAUUUUCUUCGUUGGCAUCGAGCCAACAUAGUUUCUUCGUUGGCAUUGAGCUGUUUGAAGUGAGAUAGAACCAGUUUGGUGCAAACUUGUCAUUUUGGGUGUACAUAGUUUAUUUCUAUAGAGUAAAAAGGAAAUGCAAAUUAUUUUUACAGAAGUUGUUGAAGUGUAUUGAGGCAUCUUAUGUUGUUGACUCUAAUAGAGAGAACUAUACUUGUUGAUAUCCAUUGUCUUCAUGAUUUAAGGCA